AUGUCCGUGUUUGCAUUUCUGGAAUGCGCCGUCCUCACUCUCCUGGGCUCAUAUCCCUUUGCCGCCGUGAUGUUGAAGGAACAUGACCCCGACCAGUAUGAGGCAUGCGGCCCGGAAGGUCAAUGCACCUUCAUUCGCUUCCUAGGAAGCCACGGCCUGCCGGAAACCAGCUUCUCUGCGUUGAACCGCUCGAAUGACGUCAAAUUCAACUUCAAGAACAAUACUGCGGUGAGGACAUGGGCGCCUGGUUCUCCUACAUUUGUGACAGUUCGCAACGGGCUAGGUGUUGAGGCGGCGAGCCCACCGCCUCUUGACUUCUUUUUGCACCUGCAGGCAGCGGUGCGUGGAUCUGAGUCUUUCUUCUCUCUGUGGUAUGCAUUAGUGGUUAACUCCGGUCCUUUGUGCAUUUUUUAUACGUAUCCAGCUAGCCCGGCAGCGCUUGCCAACGUUUGGAGCUCCAAGGAGGAGUUCGCGUGCACGCAAGAAGUGGACCACACAUACUGCGACAGCCCGGGCGUGCGUGCUCACAUUCACAACCACCUUCGGGCGGGAUUUUCCCGACUCGCUUGUCUAGUCUGCAUCGGGAUGUGGACUCUGCUGAAGAUCGUUCAUGACGGUGCCUUGCUAGGCGGUGUUCACGAGUCCCGGACCAUGCUUAUAGGGAUUGUGGCGUGGUGCUUUCAGGCAGGUGCAGCAAUGUUGUCGAUGCUGUGGGCGGCCGGCGCCGCGCAGGUAUUCACCUCAUCCGGCAGUGAAGACAAGUGUCGUGCCUGCUAUUAUCAAUUGGGGGAGAUGGAUAUUUUGCUCGUUGUACUUACACCAUGUCUGCUUUAUUGGACAGCACGGAGCAAAUUGAGAAGCUUGCGCUUGGCAUUGGUGCAUGGCGACUACUUGUAUGCAGUGUCGUACGAUGUUCCAUUCAGAAUUGUCAGUGCCACAGCCCGCCAGCGCCCAACAGCAUCGUUGCUCGCGGUGAGCGUCUGCGGCGACCGGAGCUUGUCACAGGAAGGGCAGCCUCCGCUUCCCUUUCGAGUACUGGAUAGAUACAGUAGUCUGUUGGAUAUACUCGCGAUUUGUGAGGGUGUCUCCAUGAGGUUUUUCGUGAUGCCCAUGUCGCAGACCCCCGCGAAGAUGCAGAUUCUGGCACAAAGCUGGAACUGGUGGUUUACUGGACUGUCCUGCUUCGUAUCCGGGACAAUAUUCCUGAAUUCUAUUGAGGCACCGGUAUCGGAGUUGUUACGGAUCCGGACAUUCCGUUUAGACUUGGGCCCCUCUGAGAUGGGGACCGGCGAGUUCGUGGAAGAGUUGAGCGAGAAGUACCCAGAAUGGCAAGUUCAAGAUCAUGCCACCUUCUGGCAGCAUGUACAAGGACCCAGAGAUCUCGAGGACAUACGGGAGCGCUUGCUCGAGCAGGACCUGCCCCACGUGGAGCAUGCCUCCGCGAUCCUGCAAGAGUGUGCCUACCGGCAACUGGAGCAGUCGACCGACUCCUCCUGCACUCCUCCUGCACUACUCAGCAGACUAGCUGCCUGUUGA